AUGGAUAUGACUGUCACAGCCUGGGAGACUGAGCUCACACCAACCCAUGGAAGUGAUCAAGUUUACAGAGAACAUAAUCCUGGAAGUAUUGACAGUCAUCGUGGCCCUGGCGGGGCUGGCAGGGAACGCGGUGGUGCUCUGGCUCCUGGGCUUCUGCAUGCGCAGCAACGCCUUCUCAGUCUACAUCCUCACUAUGGCGGGGGCCGACUUCCUCUUCCUCUGCUGCCGAUUUAUAACUACCCUAGUUUUAUUUUUCGACGUCGAUUUUUUUCCUUAGCGUAA